UUGUUCUAGCAGUAUUGCAACAUGCACAAGCAGAGGGGAUUUGCCCAAAACAUCAUCUGUUUAGUUUGUCGGAUGCAAGUUGAAGAACUGUCAUACAUUGUUUACUAUAAACUGAGAAGUCAUGGAAAAUCGUUUUUUUUUAAAUUCUGGUAAUCUAUUAUAUUACUUCAUUUACACGUUAGAGAAAACGGUCGGAAUACCUUAGAUGGGCGGAGACGAAGACAUCGAAUACUUUUUGCUAAGACCCGAAGACUUCAACCAGGUGACGGCGUUGGUCGACGAUGAUUACUUAACUAGGGAGCCUCUCAACCUGGGAGCACAUUCGCAAAACGUGGGGGCGCAGUCGACAGCUUCGUCCGCCGUUGGGGCGACCGGAUGGUACCUGAAGAAAUGCCUCGUCUCAGGAGUGUCCUUUGGCGCCAGGGACCGCGAGACAGGGGCCUUAGUCGGGGUUCGAUUAGCUUACGUCAAAACUAGAUCAGACUCCGCUGCUGAAGAGGCCGCCGAUGGAGAAAAGACUGAAGUGGAGAUCAGAGGGCUUGGAGUGGUAGAGGAAGUGGGAUCCAAGGUAGAUUUAUUUCAAGAUCCUGGUGUGGAGAAGGUGCUCUACAUGUAUCUGCUAUCCGUGCGACGUGAUUACUGUAACCGUGGCAUAGGAAGGAAACUUGUUCAGGCGGCCACAGAACGUGGAAAAGACCUGGGCUGCCAGCUCGCCUUUGCGACGAUCACCAACGUGCUCUCGGGCCGCAUCUUCGCCGGCGUGGGCUACGAGACCCGCUACACGCUGGACAUGACCACGCCGGAGGGCGACCGGGGCUUCGAUCUUUCGGCCAUGGAGGGCAACACGAGCAUUCAGGCCAUGACAAAACGUCUCCGGUGAAGCACGUAUCACGCAGAAGACAGACGAUGCAUUAGACAAAAAAUGAUGUAUUCGUCAUGCGUCAGUGCAGUAAAGUUCCAUGAUGAACCAUGAUAUAUGUAAGAUUUAGAUAAGUCUUUAUCAGCACUGAAUCAGCGUCAGAGCACUGACUUUUAAUGCGAGCAUUCCGUUCCCCCAUUUUUAGCAUUAGGAAUAUGAGUGCGCAAGGAAACUGUCACAAAUUAGAAUUUUAUGUAUUUCAUAGCAAUUUCAGAACGAGUCCAUAUUACAUAUUUUCGCAAAAAAAAGAGUUAAAAAUAGCUUACAUAAAAGUAUAUCUCAGAUUUAAUAUAUUUCAUUUUAUACAAUAUAUAAAGGGGUAUUUGCACAAUCUUAAGCUCCAUACCAUUUUAUCUUCAGUUGUUUUUCUUUCCUUCCGAAAAUCAAGUGAAAUUGCAUUAUAUAUGAAUGGGGCAGAAUAAUGUCACUUCCUUACGUCGAUUUAUGGAUUGAGCUCGUGAUUAUAGUUUCAAAACCUCAGCACUUGCAUUUCAUUCAUGUGAUAUUACAUUUUUACAUUUAUUGCAAUGGUAAAUUCAUUUGACAUUCUGUACUUUUUGCAAUAUGGUUUCGAAAAUACAUGGACGAUGAGUCUGGUAUUCUGGGUUAUUCAGUGACCUCUUGUGUUACUUGUGUUGCAUAUGUACAUAAUACAUUCAUAUAUACACAUACUCUCACUAACA